CCCAAAAGGAAAGAUCUUCUUCUUUCCUUCCUGUUUCAUUCUUUCACAGAGCCACGCCGCGCCUUCUUGCUUCGAUUCAGCGAUCCAUCCAACCUUCGCACCAUGAAAGAUGAUCAAGUACCGUUUCUGAUCAUGGACGAAAGUUUAAUGGAUCACUCACCGUUUCUUAAGCUGGGGCGCUGGCAUUGGUGGUUUAUGGUGCCUAUCAACAUUUUGUUCCUUAUUGUAGGCCAAGCUGCUGCUGUUCUUCUGGGGAGAUUUUACUAUGAUCAAGGUGGAAAUAGUGAAUGGAUGGCAACUUUUGUGCAAACUGCUGGAUUUCCAAUCCUUUUCAUCCCUUUGUUUCUUCUUCAUCCGUCUCGGAAACUGGAGACUUCGACUUCUUCAUCACUCUCUCCUUCCAUCAAAGUUGUUGCUUUGCUCUAUUUUGCUCUUGGAUUAAUUGCAGCCGGUGAUAAUAUGUUGUAUUCUGUUGGGCUGUUGUAUCUCUCAGCCUCUACUUAUUCCCUCAUUUGUGCCACUCAGUUAGCUUUCAAUGCCGUUUUUUCGUACUUUCUUAACUCGGAGAAGAUGACUGCUUUAAUUCUCAACUCUGUGGUUAUCCUCUCGUUGUCCGCUGCUCUGAUUGCGGUGAAUGACGAUUCAAAAGUACUGUCGGGAGUUUCCAAGGGGAAGUAUCUCCUCGGCUUCAUAUGCACCCUCGGAGCUUCUGCUCUUUACUCCCUUUCACUCUCCCUUAUGCAACUCUCGUUUCAGAAGGUGUUGAAAAGGGAAACAUUUAGUGUGGUUCUGGAAAUGCUGAUAUAUACAUCGCUCGUGGCGACCUGUGUUUCGAUCGUCGGCUUGUUUGUGAGUGGGGAAUGGAAGGGAUUGCCGCUAGAGAUGGAGGGCUUCAACAGCGGAAGAGUUUCGUACGUGCUGACUCUGGUUUGGACGGCCGUGAGUUGGCAGGUAUGUGCUGUUGGUGCGGUGGGGUUGAUUUUCACGGUGUCGUCGCUCUUCUCCAACGUGAUAAGUACCCUAUCGUUGGCGAUUACACCUUUGGUUUCUCUGGUAGUUUUUCAUGACAAGAUGAAUGGGGUGAAGGUAAUUGCUAUGCUACUUGCACUAUGUGGUUUUUGCUCUUAUAUUUACCAAAAUUAUCUAGAUGAUGCAGAGGCAAGGAAAAUGGGAUCACAAUCACACACUAAUGAUAUUGAGGAAAGCCAUCAUGCAUUCAUCUGACUGUCAUGGAACAUGAAUUUGAUAGUCCUUUUUGUCAAUUUCAUUUUCUCUAUGGAGAAAUGAGAAAGAAAAUACUGUGAAUGUUACAAGUGAAGUCAGUCUCUGUUUCCCCUUCAAUCCAAAACACAAUUAUUACCUAUC